UCCAGGUCCGGGAGGCAGCCGUGACGAGGGUGACGGAACAAGGCGGGCGGGCCUGCGUACCGCCCUGCUGGGGGACGGACAAGAGGGGAUCGGGCAGCAACCAGAAGUUCAGAGACAAAGGCGGAACAAACGGUAAAAGAGGGCGGGACUUGCACACUGAUUCACAAAAGUGAAAUUUUACCGGUUCCUCUGGCAACACCUGCUCAGGUUUGAAUGGAGCUCUAUCGGAAAUUACAUGAGGUCACUUCUAUUAAAACAAGAACAAUGGACUCCAUGGUGCUGUGCCGGUAAGAGGAAACGCUGCCCCACCGUGCCAGUGAGAAGAAGUGAUGUUAUCCACCUGCUGCGGAGCAGGGCAGCACCGUAGCGUUCAUGUGGACAUUCAGAAUGGAGAUGACACCUGACGGCUCUUUAAUCGGGAGUCACACGGACUAACCUUCCCCCAUGGCGAGUUUGGACAGAAAUAACAAAUUCCUGCUCAAUUUGGUGAGACAGACUGGUAACAACACGUGUGCUGACUGUGGAAUUCCUGAGCCGGACUGGGCCUCCUACACGCUCGGCAUAUUCGUGUGCCUGAAUUGCUCCGGCAUUCACCGCAACUUGCCUGAUAUCAGCAAAGUGAAAUCCAUAUGUCUGGAUAUCUGGGACGAUGCACUAGUAGAGUUCAUGCGGCAGGGGGGGAAUUCUGCAGCCAAGGCCUUGUAUGAGAAGUGCGUCCCUGCCUUCUUCUAUCGGCCGCAGCAGAACGACUGCUUUGUCCUCAAGGAUCAAUGGAUCCGUGCAAAGUACGAAAGGAGAGAAUUCACAGGAGAAAACAAUCAGCCAAGUUAUUGCUCAGACCAGUUUGAGUCAACACUAUGGAAGAAGGGCAAAAACAAAAAACAGUUUUUAAAGAGGAUCUUCCUGCUGUCCCGGAGAGACUUCACCCUCCGGUACUUUAUCAAAGACGAUUCAAAGCUUCCCAAAGCCGUAAUCUCCAUGAAGGAUCUUAACGCAGUCUUUCAGCCGGAGAAGAUCAACCACGCUAACGGUCUGCAAAUCUCCUUCGCCAACGGCAAACGCACAAGGAAUCUGUUUGUUUAUCACGAAAAAGGACAGGUGAUUGUGUCCCUGUUCAACGCCAUUCGGGCCACGCGCCUUGAGUACCUCCAGAGGAAACAUCCCACUCUUCGAGACAACGACUUAAUACCUCAGAUAACGGGACGCUGUGUGAAGGAGGGGUACAUGGAGAAAACCGGGCCAACGCAACGGGAGCCCUUCAAGAAGAGAUGGUUCACACUGUGCUCAAUGAACAGGAAGCUUCUGUAUUUUAAAAACCCACUGGAUGCUUCUGAGUUGGGCGCCGUCUUCAUCGGCACGGCGAGCCACAGCUACGCCGCUGCAGAGAGCGGCGGGCCGAGCUCCAGAGGAGGCCGGUGGCACUGCGGCGUCACGCUGCAGACGCCGGACAGGGAGUUUGUCUUCAUGUGCGAGCAGCAGCAGGAGCAGAAGGAGUGGUUGGAGGCCUUCCGAAAGGUCAUCGCUCAACCCAUGACACCAGAGGACUACGCCAACGAAGCCAACAUGAUAAGGGGGAAAUGACGUGAGCAGUUCCACGUGUUGGUUUGCAGGAGGUCCCGGUGCAAUAAGUGUGAUUUGGGGAAAUGAGAGACUGAAAGGUUCUGCUUUGGAAAAGACAUAGUGCCUGACAAACGCUCACUUUCACCGGCACAAGCUGCCAAUGCCACUUUGCGUGGUGUGCCUCCGUGAUUACGCGUUGCUUCAGCUCGUAAAGUCACUGCCCAGAGGAGUUAUUGUGAAAAUCAAAAUUAUUCUUUGUGAGAACACUGCAACCUAGCGUAGUAUUUAUUGACAUUAUUACCUUCUAUCCAAAGCGACUUACAUUACAUUUUUAACCCAUACAAUUUUUUUUUUACAUUUUUGCCCGUGGAGCAAUUAGAGGUUAGGCGCUUCGGAUUGGGACAUGGGGGAGCCGGGACUCGGACCACCAACCUUGCGGUUCCCAGCGCACCCUCUCUACCCCUGCACCACGACGACCCCAAAGUGACUCACAAUAAGUGCAUUUCAAAGAGCCCGAGACACCAAGUUCCUGAAGGGAAGAGAUAAAGAUCUGGUGGUUUACUGCGUCAAAUGAAGCAGAAAAGUCCAGAAGGAUUAACUCUUGCGAACAAGGUGGUGAGUAAGUGCGGUGGUUUCCGUAGUUAUCUUGUUAAUCGGUUUCACUCAAUUUGCACAUUUUGAAAGAUUCAUUCCUUUCACACACUGUUGAUUUUGAUUGUCUAUUACGUUUCUUAAUGUCUAAUAUAUUGUUUAAACAAUUAUUUCAUGCUUUUGGAAUUCUAGACUUACAUUUGUAUUCCUCUUCAGUAACAGUAUCCAUUGGUGAUUAAUCACAGAUGACAGUAGAUGAUUAUAUGAGGCAUAGGCUGGUUAUUUUGAUGGUCGGGGGUAGAGGACCAACCAGGCUAAGAAACAAGUUCAUGCCAUGGUUUCUUACCUUUCUUACAGAAUCACAGAGUCUGUCUUGUGUUAUGAUUUAGUCCCAUGUAUAUUGAAGUAGAGGUGCUUUGUAUGAACGUCUGACUGUCAAAUUAAAUAAACAACGUUCAAUGGAAAAAUG